ACAAAUGCGAAGAAAACAGAAUCUCGACCAUCAAAGCAAGCAAUUCCCACUGAGCAGUUGUUCUACGGAGUUUCUCGUUCUAAAUUCUGCGUUACGUUUUCGAAAUUGCUUCACACAAUCGUAAGUAAGGCGGCAUCAUAAAGCGUAAAUCGGCUUCAUCGGUGAGUUUUCUCACACGAACGAAAUCAAAGCUUGGGAAAGUGCUAGGAGGAAUGAGCGACGGUAAAACGAAAAAAGAAGCAACGAAUAAAGAAAUUAUCAACAUGAGUGACGCAGCCGGUUACCUCGAUCGCUUCGUUGGCGAUGUAAGCAAAAAGUCAGCUACCAAACAAAUCCUGAUCGGUGCCGGCAGUGGAUGGGCAACUGGUUACAUCACGAUGAAGGUGGGCAAAAUGGCAGCGAUCGCAGUCGGCGGUGGUAUCAUCCUGCUUCAGAUCGCCAACCAGCAGGGCAUAAUCGCGAUCGACUGGAACAAGGUGCAGAAGAAGGUGGACAAAGUGAGCGACAAGGUCGAAGAAGCUGUCACCGGACAGGGACCGAGCUGGGCUGAUAAGGCCGAACGAUUCGUCGAUCGGAAGUUAAAUCAAGCCGAAGGUGCGCUCAACAAGCGUACGAAAAAGGCCAAAAAGUGGUACACCAACCUGAUCGGUGACGAAACUGGCUGCAAAGUAAACGAUCUUCACAUCUUCCUCUGUGCCUUUGUUGCCGGUGUGGCAAUCGGCGUCGGUACCGCUUAAACCGGUGUAACAACAACCAAGCUCACUGUGCUUCGAUCGGAUGAAAGCUAUAGGAGAGCAUAAUGAAUCCGAAAACAUACUUAUUGCCAGUCGACGGUAGGGUAAGAAACGAACAGCAACGGUGCCCUGAAACUAGUUUUCGUGCAAAUGGCGAAAAUGAGUAGAUGAGGGAAAUCCUAAUAGAGAGACAGAGAGAAUGAAGAAAUUCCAUUAAGCAAAUCAAACCGAAUCGUCAGUUUCAAAACUAUACCAUUUCCGAGACACGUUUUUCAAUUGAUUGAAGAAAUGUAGGGCGAGAUAUGGUUUACUUGUGAUUAUUCUAAUUAUUCUGAGACCCAGGCAAAUGCAAAACACCAGCUUUGGGUCGCCCACUCACUUUCGUUUCAAUUAAUGUUCGUUUGUACUUCGUUGUAGAAUUUAAGAACCCAUUUCCUCUCAGUAAAUGUACGACAGAAGCGAUUUGUAAUCAUUUAAGAUAAUAUACCAGCAUGCAAGCUAAUGCCAAAUAACGAACAACUUACAGCCAGAGAGCACGCCAGCCGAUGAAAAAACGCACAAACUGUAAAAAUUCUAAACAGUUCCAGUGUGCAGUAAAAACCACCGUAAACAACCUUGCCAGUGGAACAGGAUAUCCUCUGAAAUCCUAGCAGACAAACGCCAAGAAAGACACAGUUGAUUUAUCCUUCAGCAUUAUUUUCAUUUAAUCUUCGUGUCGUAUUUGCGGUGAAUUAUUUAUGCUUUAAUGUCCAUCACUCAACGCUCGAAAUAUAAAGCCAAUGUAUUUAAAGAA